AUGAAUUCGUUUGAUAUAACAACUGAGUCUAAUCAAAAUAUUUCUAAGUUUCUCAAUGCAGAAUAUAAUUGUACUGCUAUUGAUAAGACUACCGGGGAAUCUUGUGGUGAAACUGAGACUUUAAAAAUUAUUGAUGAGUUUCAAAAAUUGUACGAAACUCGAAUUGAAAAUGUUGAUCGCGAAUUCCAAAGUGAAUUUGAGCAAGUUUGCAUGAAACUAAAAAUUUCAAAGGAAUGGAUCAAGAAUUUAAGAGAACAAAAUAUUAUGCUAGUGCAGGUAGUGGAAGAUUUAGAACAAGCUGCUUGCAAUAGAGUUAAAUUAUUGGAACAAAAAUUAGAACAUUCAUCAAUAUUAAUGUCUGGAAAUAUGUCAAAUUCAUUGCAUACAGAAAAGAUUAUUAAUACACUUUCAAACCGUGUAAAUGAUUUAGAAAAAGAUGAAGGAUGUUUGCAACAAAAAGUAGAGUUUCUUCAAAGUGAUAUUAGAGGAUUAUUAGAAUUAAUACGACGAGCAGUACAAGAAAAUCAUUGGAAUUUGGAUGACAUUAAAUUUUUUGAGAUUCAACCUAGUGAUAUACCUAUUAAUUGCAUCUGUGACCAGGAAGACAUAAAUCACGAAAAGGUACAGUCUUUAAAAUUGCAAAUCAAACAUCAAGAAAAUGAAAGAAGAAUGAUUGUAUAUCAAACACAAUCAGAAAACAAAUUGACUGAUCUAAAUACAAAAUUAGAAACUAGAGAAGAUACUGUUAAAAAAUAUAUUUCUCAGGUUCAAAAUUUUAGUGAUAAUUUUAAAAAACAUGCUAAGCUUACAGAUCAAACUGCGUGUACUUCUUUUGUAACAAAUGCUCAGGAUACUUUUGAACCAUGUACAGACAUUAAUCAUCAAUUUAAAUUAAUGGAUGUAUCUAGAGCAUGUGCUGUAGAAGCACAAAUUACUAUGGAAGAUAUCAAAGAUGAAACAAAUGUAAUUAUUUCUUCCUUUAAACAUAGGCAUCAAAAGUACAUUGAUUUAAAUAAAGAAGUGAUGAAUGUGCAAAAUCAGCUAAUAAAAUGUCAAGAAAAAAUAGCUGAAACAAUUAAUAAACUGCAUUUGCUAGAAGAAGAAAAAAUAAGGCACAAUGAAAGAAUUGCUUUAGGAAGUAAUAAAUUAAAAAAUAUAAAAAAUGAAAUAAAUCAUGCUCAAUCUAGAUUAUUAGCUCGCAUUACUGAAAUGCAGCAUAAUGAAAAUAUUGCAUCUGGCUGUACAGAGAUGUGUGUUUGUAAUGAUCUGCUAUGUUCAGUAAUGGAAGAAAUAGAACAAACAUCGAGCAGUUUACAAAUAAUUCAAGUAAAAUUUUAAAAUGGAUGCUGUAUCACAAAAGAUCUUGAAAAGUUGAAAAACCAAUUUUACGAUGUAGAUUCAUCCAUAAAAAAAUUACAAGAGAAAAUAGAUGAAGCAUUGUUAGAACAUGAUGUAGUAGAAACAACACUUUCACAAAAAGAUCAACGAUUAAAAAAGUUAGAAGAAGAAAUUGAUGUGAUUCAUUUAAAGAUACAAAACGUAUUGGAAACAUUCUUUUCUUCAAAGAAACAGCUCAAAUUACAAAAAGAAAUUGAAUGUACCCUUCGACAACAAUUAAAUGAUAGUGAAAUAGAAUUAAAGAAAUCUGGAGAAUUAUUAAAUUCAUCUAUAGAAAACAUGGAUGAAAUCAUUAAAAUUCAAAAAGAUUCAAUUGUAAUGACGCAGACAGAAUUAAAAGAACUUCACCAAAAACUUCAAGAAAAGAUUGAUAAUCAAGAUCGAACAAUCUCUCAAUAUGAAAAAGAAAAGAAAGAAUUAUUAAAACAGAAUGAACUUCAGAUUCAAACUAUUGGUCACUUACAAAAUGCUGUAGUGGAAGCUAAAAAAUGUAUAGAUCAAAUGGGACAUAGAACUGUAAGUGACUCGAGUGAACACAACCGAAUAGCCUAUAAUUUACAGCUUGAAGAAAAAACUGAAGCUAUUCAUUUACUGACAGUUUAUACAGAAGAAACUCAAAGUCAAUAUAAUGAAUGCUUUACUGAGGCAGCUAGACAAGACAAAUUAUUAGAGCUACAACGAGAUGCAAUUCAUGAUCUUCAACAAAAAAUUAGUUGUAUGGAAUAUGAUCAUCGUUUAACUAUUACCUUUGUCCAUAUCACAUAUUAUUCGAUUUUAAAAACAGUACAGGAACAAUUGGAAAUUCAUAUAAACGAUAUUCAAGUUUUACGAAACAAGGUGAAUACUCUAAUGCAAUCAAAAUGUCAUUUAGAAAAUAAAUAUUUAUAUAUGAAAAAACUAUGGCAAGAAGCAGAAGGAAAAUUACAAGAAUUACGAAAGGAAGCAUUGAAAACUGAACGUAAGGCAAAGAUUUAUGAAGAUAAAGAAUGUCAGUGUAAAGUAGAAGUCAAAGAUAAGGACUGCAUUACUCAAUAUAUACAUAAUCUUAAUGACUUAAUAUGUAAUAAUAAAGAACAAUGUAAAAGUUUAUUAUAUGAACAUGACUUACAAACAGAAAUUGAAAUUUUAAUCAAAGAAAAUGAAGAUAUGAAAAGGCAGUUACAAAAAUACAAAUUGGAUUUUGAUAUAAUUGACAAGGAAUUAAAGACAGAAAGAGAAAAUGAUACUUAUGCUCAGCACAUUUCAUUUGAAUUACAGAAACUAAAAGACACAGAGUGUUGUUUACAAUACGAAAAUAAACAACUUAAAUCUGAAUUAAAAAAGCAAACUAAAAAAACAGAUGAUUUAUUGGAACAGUUACAGUCCAUUCAAGAAAGUGGCGCAAAAUUUGAGAAAUUGUUGAAAAAAUUAGAAGACAAACAAAAACAGAUUAAAGAUUUAUGCAGUCAGAUUACGAAUAAUGAAACUGUUAUGGAAAAGCAAACAGAAAUAAUUGACGAGCUUGAAAAGAAGUUAGAUAUAAAAAGUCGACAAGUUGAAGCAUAUUUAUCAGAAUUAAAUCAAGCAGAAGAAGAAAUGCCAACUUUAUAUGAACGAAUACAGUCUUUGAAAACGAUGCUAAAAGAAAGAUCAGAUGAUAUGGCUAAGCUACAAGCAGAUUAUGAAGUGCUAAGGAAUGAUAAUUCUAUAUUGAAAAUGGAGAACAGCACGUUUGAAGAUAAAACAAAAGAAGAUGUUUGUCAAUUACAAAUAAUGUUGAAAAAUGUUCAAAUGCAAUUAUGCUUCACUGAAAACAAUUAUUGUAGGGUCACAGAAGACUUUAAUAAAACACAAGAACAAUUAAUUAAAAUGACAAAACGUGAAGCUAAUUUACAAGAAUGUUUAACAAAUAUGGAGAAAGAUUAUUGCUCAAAACUAUCAAGCAUUGAGAAGGAAAAAGGUAAACUUGGAGAAUGCUUAGAUAAACUCAGAGAUGAGUUGGAGAAAAUUCAAAGAAAUUAUUCAUCAAAGCAUGAUGAACACAAUAAGCUACAAGAUAUUUGUAAAUCUUAUGCAGAACAAAUAAACAUUUUAAAACAACAGAUAGAGAAAGAAAGAGAGAAAGUUAAAAAAAUAGAAGAGUCAAAACACUCUAUAAUACAACAAUUACAAGAAUGUAUAGAACAAAAUCGUGUUCUUGUUAAGGAAAAGACUGCAGUAGAGCAAAAUAAUUGUGAAAUCAUUUCAGAAUUACAAGAGACACACAAAUCGUUGCUAGAAUUAAAAAGGGAGUGCCAGCUAAAAAGUAAAUCUUUGGCUUGUAUAUCAGCAGAAUUGACAGAAACAGCCAUGAGUAGAUCAGAACUUUGUAAUCAAUCACAGUAUGUUGUUUCUUGCAUUCGCAUUUGGAUGGAGGAGCAACGAGAAUAUGUAAACAAACUUAGUUCAAAAUUAAAGUCCCAACAACAAGAACUACUACAAUUUGGAUUUGAGAAAAAUUCUGUAUUAGAUGAAAUCAAAAAAUUGAAACGCAUUAAUCAUUCAUUAAUGCAAAGACUAAAGAGAAUGUACAGACAUAGCAGUAAGAAUGUCAGAAAUGUUUGUGUUGGAUGUCAAAUAUUACCACAAAGUCUUCCUGUAAACACCAAAUACUUAUCGUCGCAAAAGAAAUUAAAUCUUACGAAGACAGCACAACGAAUUUCAGUGUGCGACAAUACCUGGUGGUUUCCUAAAAUGAAAUAUAUUAUAAAUGAGUUAAGAAAAACUAACGUAGAAUGUAGCGAAAACUGUUUUAACAGAGUGAAUACUGACAUAAGAUUAGAAGAAAAUCACGAUUGUGGUUACCAAUCAUCUACUAGCAAAUGA